AUGAUGAAUAAUGACCUUGACAUUCCAUCAGAUUUUAAAAAUGAUGCCGUUCUUUAUAUUGAUAACACAAAAGAAAAUAGCCUUACACAACUUAUAACAAAAGCUCAACAACAAGGUUUUAAUUGUCUUGAUCUUUCAAAAAGAAAUAUCGAUGAAUUUCCUUCUCAAAUUCUUGAAUUUACAUCAUUGCAAUAUUUAUAUUUAGAAGGUAAUCAAUUAACUCAAUUACCUACUGAUCUAUUUAUUCGAUUACCAAAUUUAAAAUGGCUUGAUCUACGUAAUAAUCAAUUAACUUCAAUACCACAUCAAGGUCUUGCUAAACAUUCAUCUCUUCAAUAUUUAUUAUUAAGUGGUAAUCUUCUUCAAAAAUUACCAUUUGAACUUGGUAAAGUUAAAACUUUAUCAGCAUUAAAUCUUGAUGGAAAUCCAUUACAUCAUCCACCAAUUGAAAUAAUUCAACAAGGUAUUAAAGCUAUUCAACAAUAUCUACGUGAUAAACUUAAUUCCGAUAAUGAAGCAUUAUUAUCGGAUGAUGAUGAUGAUGAUAAUCAACAACGAACACCAAAACUUUCUUCUCGAAAAUCUAAUUUUAAAACAGACAAUAAUGAAAUAGACGAUUCAGAUUUAUCACCACUUCGUGUUCAAUCAUGUAAACAAUAUGAAAGAACAUGUUAUUCAUCAAGACAUUCAUCAUCACCAAGUCGAUCACAAUCAUAUUCUGGAACAAAUUCAUCUCAAGUAAUACGAAAAACAAUACCAAAAAAAUAUAAUGAUUUAAAACGAAAUGUUUAUACAACUCAAGAACAACCACUUGAAUAUAAUAGAAAAAGUUAUAAAGACAGACAACAAUUACAUCCGAGAAAUUUUAUUAAAAGCAAAGAAAAACCAGUUGUAGAAACGCCAUUACUUAUUCAUCGUCGUUACACACGAUUGAUAAGUAAAGAUCAAUUAGAAUUUAUUAAAAAUCUUUCAUCAGAUUAUAUCGGACAACAAGAUGAAAUAAGGCGAAAACAUGAUCGACAAAAUCAUGAUCAUAUUCGUCAAAUAACUGAUACAAUGCUCAAACGUCGUUUAGAAGAACGAGGAAAUCUAUUGGAAGAAAGACGUCAUGUUAAAUGUGAAAUUCAAGAAUUACAUAGACUUGUAUCUGCUGGUAAACAACAUCGACCACCUCAAGUAGUUAUUCGUCCUAAGACAUCGACCGGUGAAAUAAAAUCUAGUAAAAAACUGUGA